GCAGAACGCUCCAUGGGGGUCUGUCCCUCAAUUUGGAGGGUGGGAUCGUACAUCCCAGGGAGCUACUAAUUAUUCAAUGGUUUUUUCACAAGCUCGAGCUAAUAGGAAGCAGCAAAAGAGCGACGCUAUUAGGCGAAGGAGCGUUGGAAAUGAAGAGGAGUUGGUUGCUGCUACAUUACCUCCUCAACAGGACGAUUCUAUUAUGAGAAAGAGGAGGAUCUUGACCUACAUCAAUUGCUGCAUCAGGCCUUAUCCUUGAGUGAACCAGAACCAGAGUCUCUCAAGAUCUCCCAACCAUUGUAUCCUAUGAACACAAUUAGACAUCUGACUUGUAAAUCUAUCGAUGAGCUAUGUUCUCCCAUGUGACUAACCUAAAUAUUCUUAGUAUGUAUUAUUUUCUUUGUAUAACAUCCAUUCCUUUGGAUGGAACGCAAUUAAAGUGCAAUACCAUAA